AUGCGUCGAGCAGGACACCUGUCGUCGCUUCGACUCGUGCGAUGUACCGCGGUGCUGUUUAGCAACGGGUCUCGGCCUCCUGCCCCUCCACUCUCCGCACUAAUCACUGGCAGUAGGCACUUCUGCAUUGGCGCUACUCGCAGGUUUUACGCACCGCCACGCCGUCUUCAGGCCGCGUCGCCGUCGUCCGCCUCCCAUCCUACCGUCAAGACAGGCGGAGCAGCGUGGUCUGAGGAGGGCGCACUCGAAUCACCGCCUCCGUCCGCUGAAGCUCGGGCCGCAUCUGCCGCGGUGGCGGUGAUAGCGUCAGCAUCGGCGGCGGACGCCUCCGCCCAGCCUCGGCUGCCACCGCUCCAGGACAGUCUCACUCGGCGCCUCUUCGCGUCGUGGCAGCAAGGUGUGGUGGCCAGUAUUGGCGCCGUAAUGGGUAUCGGAUUCCUUUUAUUCUUUCUAUACACCCCGGUGAAGGAAGACACGGUGCACCACACCGCCGUGGUCGCGUCCGAGGCGCUGGCUGACGCGCGGCUGAAAGGACAGGCGGUGCAGCUCUCCAAGGAUGUCGUGCUGGAGGUGCUGCGCAAUCCCAAGUCUCUCGAGGCGACGGUGGACGUCGUUGUCGAGCUGCUGGCGCGUGAAGAGACGAAGAUUGCCGUCUCCUCGCUCCUGCAGUCCUUGUUCGAGGACCACUACACGCAAGAGGUGACGAAGAAGUUCGUGUUGCGGGUGGUGCAAGACCCUUGGAUUCAGGAUCAGCUGCAGAUGAUUACGGAAGAACAGGUGCGCAAACUUCUCAACAACGCCGCUAUCAAGACUGAGCUGUCCAAGUUUCUACUCAAGGCGGCAGUGGACUCGCUCGAGAAGCCGCAGCUGCACUACGAGGUGGCGAAAGCGAUGCGCCACUCUGUCGCGUCGCUCGUGAACUUCUGGUGGACUUGA